AGGCAUGGAUACAUUUUCUGCAUACUUUUUUGACAUAAAGUUUCUGAUUUUUGCAACGUUACGAAGAAGGAAAAAAGCUGCUCGUAAAAUAUUUUUUUCUUUCCUGCUCUGGUCAGAAUGUCUGCAGAAAGUUAAAAUCCCAGAGGACUGCUCUUCUGCAUCGCUCUUGUUCUCCCUGAGGACAGUGUGUGAGGAGUGUCACCUCUCUGUGUUUCCCCUGGUGGCUGCAGCGUGAAGGAUGUAAGGCCGGAGGAGGACGCAGGAUGGAGUGUUCCUGGAAGACAGUGCUGCUGCUGGUGUGUGCCUCUCUGGGGGUCCAGUACACAGCCAUCCGCACCCUGAGAGACUCCCUGUCCGGGCCCUGCCACGGUGGCGUCUACCACUGUCAAAACCGACAGCCCAAAGACUCCAGGUGGAGAGCUCUGUGUGAGGACAACACGUUGCCCAUGGAAACAUCGGCCAUGGCCUCCCGGCGCCACAUCCUCCUGUUCGCCACCACCCGCAGCGGCUCCUCCUUCACCGGUCAGCUCUUCAAUCAGCAUCCGGCCAUCUUCUACGCGUUCGAGCCCCUCUACCACGUCCAGCAGGCCUUCACCAACUCCAGUGGCAGACUGCGUCGGGCCCUGGACCGCCGGGCCCUGCUGGGGGCCUACCGGGACCUCCUCCUUAACCUCUACACCUGUGACCUACGCUUCCUGGAGAACUACAUCCGCCCUGAGCCCCAGGACCACGUCACUGGGUCCUUCUUCCGCCGGAGCUCUAGCCGAGCUCUCUGCUCCCCCCCUGUGUGCCCCGAGGGUGGUGAGGGGGCCUCAGCCUCUGGGAGUCAGCCUGAUGAGACCUGGUGCCCCAAGAAGUGCGGGGCGCUGAACCUCACCCUGGCCUCCAUCGCGUGUCUUUCACGGGGCCACGUGGCCAUCAAGACAGUGCGUGUCCCUGAGGUGGGGGACCUGCGCACCCUGACCGAGGACCCUCGGCUAGACCUAAGGAUCGUUCACCUGGUGCGCGACCCCAGAGCCAUCCUGGCCUCGCGCAUGAUGGCAUUCUCUGAGCAGUUUCAUGCCUGGAAGAUCUGGAACGCUACAGGCAGGCAGCCGCGCUACGUAGACCUAGCUCAGAUCACCAGCACCUGCAGGGACAUGGCAGACUCAGCAGAGACAAUGCUGCAGAGGCCGGCGUGGCUGCGUGGACGCUACCUCUUGGUGCGCUACGAGGACCUGGCCCUCAACCCCAAGGAGAAGGCUCAGGAGAUCUACAGGUUUGUGGGGUUGGAGAUGGAUGAAAGCGUGCGCUCGUGGAUCGCACAUAACACCAACAACAGCGCGCCUCCUACAUCCGAGUGGAACUAUAAGUACUCCACCACCAGAGACUCCAAAGCCACAGCAGAGAGCUGGAGGCUGAGACUAGGGUUUGAUAUAGUGAGGGCUUUGCAGACUCUGUGCAAUGAUACACUCUCUCUUUUAGGCUACAGGGUGGUCCACUCUGUGGCUGAUCUGAGAAACAUGUCUAAUAGUCUGGUGGAGCCCAGGCCUUUUCAGACUCUCAGAUAACUGUGACCAUGCAGGUGGUUGGAUAUAAUGCUACAAGAGCUCCAUAGUGUAACUGAUAUGUUGUCUGUGUCUUCACUCGAACACAGGCAAUCCAAUUUUGAUCUUUAACCACUAAUUGGUCUUUUGACCAAUCAGAUCAGCUCUUUUGCCUAUAAUUGGGCAAACAAUCAGAAUUGGGCUGCCUGUGUAAAUGCAGCCAAUGAUACAACGUUUUAUUUCACAGAAACGUUUUAUGACUAUGAUUAUGACUCUGUCUGUGUGUGUCUUCAUUGCAUUUAAUAUCUCCAAGCAUGUUUUGUUUAUGCCUAGCAAUAUAAGAUAUUUACCCCCAAAAUUGUUGGGAAUUUAAAUGCAUUUCAUUUACAGUUUGCAUGUGGUUUGAAAAUUACACUCCAAAAACCGACAUAACUCAACUGCCAGUCCAGUAUGUUACCUGACAGUAUCGAGGAGAAUCUCAGGUUUUUGAGUUGUCUUAGAUAAAGCUUCUUAGUGUACGUGUUUAUGUGCUGCUCCAUUCAAAGUUCCUGGCUCUGCUCUUAUUUAUUCACCCUUAUUUUACCUGGUAAAUUGACUGACAACAUAUUCUCUUUCACAGCAAUGACCCGGGGAAGCUACAUGUAUACUUAAGGCCAUAUUUAUACUUUACCUUAGAAUGUUAUGUUUUUAAUCCUGGAAAUUAUAUUGUUUCUAUGUUCUUUUUCCUGGAAAUUCAAUGUGUCUAUGUCCAAUGUAUUCAUGUUUUAUUUCCUAGAAUAUCAAUUGCUGACGUUGCACUGAUGCCAGCGCUUAGUACAGUAAUUCUAGCCUCAAGUCACUCUAAUGGUGUUAUGUUUUCUGAGAAUGGCUCGAUGCAGGUCAUCCAUUUAUGCUCACCUUAAAGGGAUGGAGGGGAUUUUUGUGAAAUGAAAAUUAUAGUGCUUGCCUGACAAAGCAUCUUCGAAAAUGCUCUGAAUGAUGCCUGGAAACGGCUUAAAAUGUCACAGGUAACCACACCAUGAAGAUCAGAGCCUGUAUCCUACUUUGUAUUGCAACCUGAUUUCAAAUGUACACUUCAGAACAUUUCAGACAGAGGCCUUUGGUUGGUACACUGUAUAUACUAUAAUAUAUGUGUUAUUAAAAUAAAAGGUGUCAGUGCUUUGUCUUAAGUCUGUAAGCAUCAACUGUAAAUCAUG